UUCAAUGGAACUUCGUGUUGCUGUAAGUGAGGAGGGCCAACUACCUUCAUGUGAAAGUUCAAAAUCCUAUUAUGCUCUUCUUUCGUUAAUGUUCACAUAUCUUCCAAGCUAACUAUCUAUGGCGAAUCAGCAAAGGACAGCAUUAACUGAAUCUUUACUUGUUAGACAAAGCCUUGAUGACAACAUCAAUGAAGAUAAUGGUAGAAGUGGAAGUGGUGGUGAUGGAGGUGUGCCUAAUUUGGCUGCUUCCAGUGUUACCACUAUUCUGGUUCUGAGUGCCUUUGUGAAUGCCUGUAUUGCCUUUGGUUUUGGAAAUGCUGUGGGCUAUUCAUCACCUACUCAGUCUGAAAUCACGGAAGACUUAGGUCUUUCUGUGGCAGAGUUUUCACUUUUUGGUUCAUUACUGACAAUUGGAGCAAUGCUAGGUGCAGUAAUAAGUGGGAAGAUAAUAGAUUUCCUUGGUCGGAAAGGCACUAUGUGGAUUUUGAAUUUAUUCUACAUUGGUGGCUGGCUUGCCAUAGCUUUCACAAAGGUUUCUUGGCUGCUUGACCUUGGAAGAUUUGUAUUGGGAUUUAGAAAUGGAAUUGCUGGUUUUCUGAUGCCCGUAUAUGUAGCAGAAGUAGCUCCCAAGAAUCUCAGGGGAACAAUUUCCGCCCUGGGAACGUUGAUGGUUUGUUGGGGCUUGUCAUUCAUGUAUGUUGUCGGCUCCUUUGUCAAUUGGCGCACAUUGGCUUUAAUAGCUACUAUUCCUGGUCUACUUCAGCUUCCACUCCUCUUCUUCAUUCCAGAAUCUCCUCGAUGGUUGGCAAAAGUUGGUCGACAAAAGGACCUUGAAGUUGCUUUGCAGUCCCUCCGGGGAGACAAAGUUGACAUUUCAGAGGAAGCAACAGAAAUCAAAGAUUAUACAGAAUCCCUUCAAAGUGCAUCAGAGGGUAGUAUUUUAGAUGUAUUUCAGAAGAAGUAUAUUCGUCCCUUACUUAUUUUUGCUGGACUGUUGAUAUUGCAAAGUUUGGGGGGGAUUGCUGCCAUUGCAUAUUAUUCUGGUGCUAUAUUUCUCUCAGCUGGUAUAUCAAGCAUGGUUGGACUCGUUACAUUGGCAAUUGUUCAGACACUAUUAGGUGCUUUAGGUAUCUCCUUAGUUGAUAAAGUUGGAAGACGACCAGUUCUACUGGUAUGUUCAGCUGGAUUAUGCUUGGGUAGCUUCCUCACGGGAUUGUCAUUCCUCUUACAGGACUUUAAUUGCUGGGAUCAAGGUGCUCCCUAUUUUGCACUCAUCGGCUUAUUGUUAUACAUGGCAUCAUACACAUUAGUAGCAGGAAUGACAUGGCUUUUAGUAUCAGAGGUAUUUCCUGUAAAUGUAAAGGGUUCAGCUGGAAGCAUCUGCAACUUUGUCAGCAAUGUUUUUAAUUGGAUUGUUGCAUACUUCUUCAACUUCCUAAUUCAAUGGAGCUCGGCAGGGAUAUUCUUUAUAUUUUCAGCCUUUUGUGGUGCGAGUUUCUUGCUUGGAGCAGCAAUGGUGCCAGAGACUAAAGGGCGAACUCUGGAAGAAAUACAGGCAUCAAUGUUCAGUCAUUCUAUGGAAUGAGUGAAAUUCUAGGAAGCCAUUGCAUAGUAUUCUGAUUAUUAAUGUGUCAGGAAAACUGAGGCACCCUACUCUUGUGUGCUUCUCGUAUAAUUUGAGUAGCUUUUUAUGGCGCUGGACUUGUGUAAUUUAUGAGUAAACAUUACAAAUAAUAACCAGAAAAGCCGCUAGUGGUCAAAAACUUUUCCAUCAGAAUUGA